GCUGAUUGUUUCGUGGGUCAUGGUUCAGUCUGAGACAGAAAGGUCCUUGGAGCCCAUGUACCAGGGAAUGGCCAAGAGGUACAGUGAUGCAGGAGUGGAAAAGGCCGGCUACCACUGGGUGGACAGGGAUUGCUGUGCUCCAUUUAAGAUCCCAGACUGCAUCCCUGGGGAAAAUCUAUUGUGGGAUGCCUGGAAAACCACUCCUGCUGUUGUUGCUGCGGCCACAUCUGGACCAGUGGCAAACAGCUGUGCCUCUCGAACCCACUACAAUAAGAACAUUAUUGUAAAACUGGAUCUGUUCCACUGCCUGAGGCGAUUUUCGCGGGAGUGUACCUCUGAGCAUCAUCCUCUGUUCAGCACUUUCUGCCAGCUUCUCUCUGCUGCAUUCUCAGUAGUUGAUCAGGCGGACCUGAAGAGGCUCCAGGAUGCUUAUAAGUUCUGUGGCAUCCAUCCUGCUAAUCCCACAAAGCAACACAUAAGGGAGCACUGCAGGAUCCAAAUACCACAACCCACUGAGCUGCUGAACAGAGUGGAAAAGGUCCUGAACCAUUUUCACCUGGCCACAGACCCCAACAACAUCCCACUCUUCAAGCCAUCCAUGCUGAAGACGUGGCGCAUUCAGAGAGUGCACAUUCUGCGUGGCUGCCUAAGUGACCCUGAACUCUCAGAGGGUGUAAUGUUUAGGUACGGUGGGACUCUUCAGCUUAACCAUGUCCCUGGUGAAGGUGCCAAGGUCCCCAUCUGGAUUCCUGUCCGAGGCACUUCACAGCAGGAGGGUUAUCAUUUCCACCAGGCCCAGUGGAUCACCGGGACUCACGUUUCCACUGAACUAUUCCAGGCCCAGGGCAUGACAGGGGUGGUACGAUGGAACUACCAAAGACUGGUGGACCUUAAGCAGCCAGGUGUCAUUCUCCCUUCUGUUUUUGAUCCGGCUCUAGUGGUGGAGUUGAAUGCAGCCUCCAGAAGAGUGACUGGUCAGGAGAAGUACCCUGCACUUCACCUCUCUGACAGAGACACUGGAGAGCGAUUUGGGCUUGAAUACAGAGAGCCAGGCUGCCGUCCAGUCCCUCUGAACUGGGACAAACACAAAACUCUGAGAAAAGAUGAACCGGCUGCCCUUCAGCCCCCAUCCUCUGUUCCAAAACCUGCCCAACUUCAGGUUCCAGCAGCGGGACCCUUCUCCAGCCUGGCACCGCUUGGUGUGGCAUCUCCCACACCAGCACCACCUGUCACCCACCCUUUCUCUGGUGCACUUUUAAAGCAGGAGUUAGCAUCAGAAGACACCCAGCAACCUACAACAGUCAUGGAAAUCUCUGAAGCUCUACCUCUGCCGAUGCGGGCCUCACCAAGGAGUGCUCGCACUGGACCUAUAAAAACAGGUGGACGGGUUUUUGUGCUGGACCACACACGCUGGACGCGACCUAUGAAAGCGUCAAUAGAUGAUCUGUUGCAAAAGUACAGUGGGAAGAAGGACAUGCUGAAGCUUGUGGAUCAAGAUUAUGCAGACAUGGUCCAUCGCUCUGCUAAUGAUCCCAACAGCCUGCUGCAUCCCACAUCCAAGGUGCACAUAUCCGGGUAUGUGAAGCACUUGGCAAAACUUCUGAACACCAAUUCAUCGUUGAACAUAAGCCCAGAAAAACUUCUGGGGACUCAGCAGCUGUGGCACUCUUUAACUGAAGGCAGUGAAACCACUAGUGUCCCUGUAGUCACCAUAGAGCCUGCCGUCUUUAACCCGCCUCCCCCUGCCCUGUCUACACCACUGACACAAGUGUCAAUAGAGAAGAUUGUGGAGGGCAUUUUAGAAAGGCAACAGCAGCAGCCACACCAGCCACAGCAGCAGCAGCCUGAGGGGAAAAAAAGGCAGACAAAGACUUGUCUUGCCUGUGGACAGCCCAAGUCUCAACAUGAGACAGAUGGAUCCACCGUCCAUUAUUUUUACCAGAGAGGGCCUGUGCGCUAUUUCUAUUGUUCCAACAAGGUGCAUCAAACUUAUGCUGCUGAGGGAAUCACUGACCCUAAAAUGCCCUUUGAGGAUUUUGCCCAGACAGACUUUUUCCAAAGGGAACUGGAUGCUACCAGGAAGAAGUCAGAGGAAAGGAUGGAGAAAAAGAGGAAAAGGCCAGAAACCCAACAAACAGGCCGCCUCUGCAGGUUCUGCCACAUGGACCUGAAACAGGGACCAAAUAGCCCACAUGUUCACACAGGCUUCCCUGGAGUGGCAGGGAAAUAUAUCUACUGCCCUUCAAAAGUGCACUCUCUGUACAGGGACAAGGGCAUGGCCAAGGAGAUGACCUGGAAGGAGUUUCAGGAGUCUCCUUUCUACGAGGCAGAGAGACAAAGAUGGGUGGAAGAAAAAAGGAAAUAGGGGAGAAACUGUUGAUAUUGUACAUAAUAUAGUUUAGUUCUAGUUUUGUAAUGUUUAUUUUGUUUAUAUAAAUAAAAACUGAUUGUAAAUAUAAAAAUGUAAAUAAAUUGUGUUCUGCCUACAUAUUAUUUCUAAAUCACUUCAUGUAAUGAUAACAAGCCAUCCGUUCUCUAGUGGGGUCUCACAGCUUUUAUCUUUAUAAUCUUUCUGGUUGAUUUGUAAUAUUAGAAACAUGACUGCUGUCUUUUAUCUGUGUGACUGUACAGCCUGUUUCAGACAUGACAACCAGACAGUGUCUGAAGUUAUC